CCGCUCGCGCGACCUACCUGGGCGCCCCGCGCCCCCGGAUGCUGCAGGUUAUUCAGCGAUAGUUAUGACCUCCCGGUUACGUGCGUUGGGUGGAAGAAUUAAUAAUAUACGCACCUCAGAAUUACCCAAAGAGAAAACUCGAUCCGAAGUCAUCUGCAGCAUCCGCUUUCUAGAUGGCUUGGUACAGACCUUUAAAGCUAAUAAACAAGAUACCGGUCAAGUUCUUCUGGAUAUGGUAUACAACCACUUGGGUGUGACUGAAAAGGAGUAUUUUGGUUUGCAGCAUGGCGAUGACUCAGUAGACUCUCUAAGAUGGCUGGAAUCAAGCAAACCCAUCAGGAAGCAGUUAAAAGGAGGUUUCCCCUGUACUCUGCAUUUUCGAGUAAGAUUUUUUAUACCUGAUCCCAACACACUACAGGAAGAACAAACCAGGCAUUUGUAUUUCUUACAACUGAAGAUGGAUAUUUGUGAAGGAAGGUUAACCUGCCCUCUUAACUCGGCAGUGGUUCUAGCAUCCUAUGCCGUACAAUCUCAUUUUGGAGACUAUAAUUCUUCCCUUCAUCAUCCGGGCUAUCUUUCCGACAGUCAGUUCAUCCCAGAUCAGAACGAUGACUUUUUAGCGAAGGUGGAAUCCCUCCAUGAGCAGCACAGUGGGCUAAAGCAAUCAGAAGCUGAAUCUUGCUUUAUUAACAUAGCACGGACCCUCGACUUCUAUGGAGUGGAGCUGCACAGCGGUAGGGAUCUGCACAAUUUAGAGCUAAUGAUUGGGAUCGCUUCUGCGGGCAUCGCCGUGUACCGAAAAUAUAUUUGCACAAGUUUCUAUCCUUGGGUGAACAUUCUAAAAAUUUCUUUCAAGAGGAAAAAGUUCUUUAUACAUCAGCGACAAAAACAGACUGAAUCCAGGGAACAUAUCGUGGCCUUCAACAUGUUAAAUUACCGAUCUUGCAAAAACUUGUGGAAAUCCUGUGUCGAGCAUCAUACAUUCUUUCAGGCAAAGAAGCUGCUACCUCAGGAAAAGAAUGUUCUGUCUCAGUACUGGACUAUGGGCUCUAGGAACCCCAAAAAGUCUGUAAAUAACCAGUAUUGCAAAAAGGUGAUUGGAGGGAUGGUGUGGAACCCAGCCAUGCGGAGAUCAUUAUCAGCGGAACACUUAGAAACCAAGAGCCUGCCUUCUCGGUCCCCUCCCAUCACUCCCAACUGGCGAAGUCCUCGGCUCCGGCACGAAAUCCGAAAGCCUCGGCACUCUUCUGCCGAUAACCUUGCGAACGAGAUGACCUACAUUACCGAAACCGAAGAUGUAUUUUACACGUACAAGGGCUCCCUGUCCCCAAAAGACAGUGAAUCCGAGGUUUCUCAGAACCGAAGCCCGCCCCGAGAGAGUAUAUCCGAGAACAAUCCAGCACAAAGCUGCCUGACCCAGAAGUCAUCCAGUUCUGUGUCUCCAUCUUCAAAUGCUCCAGGCUCCUGCUCACCAGAUGGCGUCGAUCAGCAGUUCUUAGAGGAUUUCCACAGGGUGACCAAAGGGGGCUCCACCGAGGACUCCAGCCAGUACUACUGUGACAAGAAUGAUAAUGGUGAUGGCUAUUUAGUUUUGAUCCGCAUCACGCCAGAUGAAGAUGGAAAAUUUGGAUUUAAUCUGAAGGGAGGAGUGGAUCAAAAGAUGCCUCUUGUGGUAUCAAGGAUAAACCCAGAGUCACCUGCAGACACCUGCAUUCCUAAGCUGAAUGAAGGGGAUCAAAUUGUGUUAAUCAAUGGCCGGGAUAUCUCAGAACACACUCAUGACCAAGUGGUGAUGUUCAUCAAAGCCAGCCGGGAGUCCCACACGCGGGAGCUGGCCCUGGUGAUCAGGAGAAAAGCUGUGCACUCAUUUGCUGACAUCAAAUCUGAAGAUGAACUGAACCAGCUUUUCCCAGAGGCCAUUUUCCCCAUUUGUCCGGAGGGUGGGGACACCUUGGAGGGAUCCAUGGAACAGCUAAAGAAGGGCCUUGAAAGCGGGACAGUACUGAUCCAGUUCGAGCAACUCUACAGAAAGAAGCCCGGUCUGGCCAUAACGUUUGCAAAGCUGCCUCAAAAUUUGGACAAAAACCGAUACAAAGAUGUGCUGCCUUACGACACCACCCGGGUCUUAUUGCAGGGAAAUGAAGAUUAUAUUAAUGCGAGUUAUGUGAACAUGGAAAUUCCUGCUGCUAACCUUGUGAACAAGUACAUUGCUGCUCAGGGUCCCCUGCCACACACCUGUGCACAAUUUUGGCAAGUCGUCUGGGAUCAGAAGUUAUCACUCAUUGUCAUGUUGACGACUCUCACAGAGAGAGGGCGGACCAAAUGUCACCAGUACUGGCCCGAUCCUCCUGAUGUCAUGGAACACGGCAACUUUCACAUCCGAUGUCAGUCAGAGGACUGCACCAUCGCUUAUGUGUUCCGAGAAAUGCUAGUCACCAACGCGGAGACUGGGGAAGAGCACACUGUGACGCAUCUCCAGUACGUCGCAUGGCCCGACCACGGCGUUCCUGAUGACUCCUCAGACUUUCUGGAGUUUGUCAACUCUGUGAGGUCCCUGCGAGUGGAUGGCGACCCUGUGUUAGUUCACUGCAGUGCUGGAAUAGGGCGCACCGGUGUGCUGGUCACCAUGGAAACAGCCAUAUGCCUAAUUGAGAGAAACCUGCCUGUUUACCCACUGGAUGUUGUCCGGAAAAUGCGAGACCAGCGUGCCAUGAUGGUGCAGACAUCAAGCCAGUACAAGUUUGUAUGUGAAGCAAUUCUUCGUGUUUAUGAAGAAGGCUUAGUCCAAAUGCUGGAUCCCAGUUAAGACAACUGUGAAAAACGUUCAUUCCUCUUUCCCAAGGGCAUCCUCCUUAAGGACAGACGCCUCUCUGGAAGCAGCAAGAGGAAAUUUGUAGGCUGUGGGGAAGGAAUGAGCACAUUUGAAGCCAGGCACUUUAAAGUUCUAUAGAAGAGGUAUCGUGUACAUAGGAAGUGUGUAGAUACGCAUGCACUUACAGCAACAUUUAGGCCCGUUUGUCCUCAGAAAUAAGCAAAAGGGGAUCUCAGUUUGGGGCCUGUCCUAUUGCCUUCCUCCCUAGACGUCACCGUGUUCCUGUAAACCAUCCUUGGGCAAUUGAGAGGGGAGGCCAGCAGUGCUGUGGACCUCCCAGAACAAGAGGGUGUGGCUACUUGGAGUUGCUUGGAUGUUUUGUGUGUGUAUGUGUAUAGGACUCUAAGGGCUGAGCUUUCUGUGCUUCGAGGCAGAGCUGGAACUGUUAGCAUUCACCUGCCGAUGCUAAGGGAUCCCUGAUGAAUGUAAUCAGGGGUAGGGUGGUGGGAUUUCAAGCUGAAGGGCGGGCGCUACCUUUGCUGCCCCAUCUCCCUCCCACUUCCGAUAUUCGUGUUUCUGAAAAUCAUGUGCAAAAUGCCCCGCUUGCUCCCCGCAUUAAUGACCCUCUUCAGGGGCUCACACAGUGCCUGGACCAGGUUAGUCACGUAGGUUCCGGCGACUUUUCAGUUGAGACUCUGAGAACGAAGACUCCCUGUGCGUCUUGUCACCCGUCAUUAGGAGCAGGGUGCUUCGGGCUUCCGCUUGCCUCUUGCUGUCCCUGUAGAAGCCAAGACUGGAAUUGUCGACUACUGAAUCUACUACAUGGAUUGCUGCUACUUCAAGCUAUUAAACUUGAAACACUACGAUUUUCCUGAGGGGAGAUGGGAUAUCAUCUUAAUAUUCAGAAUCUUUGGCCCUUCUGAGGAAAGAUCUAGUCAUGGAAUCAUGGGAAACCCAGCUUCUAGAGGGUUGUCCGUGGAUGUGUGUGGAUGUGUGUGUGUGUGUGUGUGUGUGUGUGUGUGUGUGUGUGUGUGCGCGCGCGCCCAUGGUAAGUGUUUCUCAGGAUUCCUAACUUGAUUCAAAUUACAGUUGAGUUUCUAUAAAGAAUGAGUCUCUGUAUAGAAGAACAAAUGUGUGCAUUCACCCUCGGUUAGAAUGGUCUCCAUUUCAUUUCAAAGGAGAGGAUCAGGCUAUCUGAAUAUAAACACAAUUUGAUGUUAAUUUAUUCUAAGUGCACCCUGAUCUUGAUUGUCCUAAAGAAUUCUGCCUUUGUUCAUACUGUGUUAAAUUUUUUAAAAAUUUGUGACAGGAUUGUAGCAAAUUAUUA